AUCAAAGCUGGCUUUCCAUUAAUAAAUCAAACUUUUACACUCAGUCUGUGUUUGGUUUGUUUAGCUCAAAUAUAAACACACACGCCAAACAUACACCCACAAAUUGCUUGAGUCCACAAAUUUGCUAGUUUAACUCGAACGGCAAUCGUAGAGCGUACACUGUAAAGUAUUUCCCGAACAAAAAUGGCAGGGCGUUCAGUUUCCUUUUCUGAAUUUUAUGCAAAUGCUCCGACAACGCGAAAUUGCCAGUUGCGAGCCCACAAAGUGGCUAGUGAAUUGCUGGCCAACUCAAAAAUGGUGGUGGAGAAGUUGCCCAAAAAUAGAGUGCCCAACUACAUGGAAUUCCGGAAAGUGAUGCGAUCUGUGGGCAAUGUCAAGCCUUCGGACAUCAACGUGACGACCUUCAAAAGUAUGGUGGAGAUGCGCCAGGCCCAAAUCGAUCACAAUCGUCUCAAGUUGGUGAAAUCAUACGGACACUCGCUGGAGACCAAGCCCGCAGACCACAGCUAUAUCAAGUAUCGCACCCAACUUUGCACGGAUUUGCAACAGAAACAGAAUAUUUUGCACACGAACCUAUCGCUUCUCGGGCGCAUUAACAAGAUUCAGCGUUUAAAUGGAAGCGUGAAAUGUUUUAACCGCACAGCUCCUGCUGUUGACAAGCACUCUCGAAAGAUCCGGGAAUUGGUGGAACGUCUAAGCCAAGAAAACAGGCAAUUGGGUUGUCGUCUGUCCCAAGCUAAGGCAAAGGUCAAGACCCGCAAUCCCUGGGUAGCGCCCCUGAAGCCCAUUCAACAAAAAGCCUCUGACGAGACUGUGGCUAGGUUUAGGCCCUACUUGCCAUCGCCCCGGCUGGGAAAGCGGAAUUCUGAGAUACUGCUCCGACCCAUAUUGUACUUCGAUAUAACAGUGGGGGAGAACAUGCAAUUCUUGGGUAGGAUGUGCCUACAGCUGUAUACGGAGAUCAGCCCUGAGGUGGUGUUGGAGUUUGUCCGUCUGGCUACGCACAACGAUGUGCCGAGCCACAGAGUGCUUCGGAUCUUUCCCGAUCUCUGGAUGGAGAAUGAGAUCAUUCCAGACCCAGCAGAUUCCCUGAAGGAACACCACAGCGUGAAGCGGUCAUUUCUGGACCACAGCAAGCUGUCGGGGAUACUCUCAUAUCCGUGGGACUAUCGCCGCCACUUUCCCCAGGGCCUGCUCAGCUACACCAUCAGCUUUAAGCCUCUGGCGGUAGAGCCCUUGCAGCGGGUCGUCUUCGGAAGAGUUUGCAGUGGUUUGAGGGUCUUGCAGAAUUGCCGGGAUUUUGGUACAAAAAAUGGCAAGACAAAAAAAAAAGUUGUUGUGUCCCGGUGCGGACUCCUGUAAUGGGAACACGCAUCCUUCAUAGCACUGCCACCUAUCCGCUCAUUAUGCAUCUGCAUUAACAUAAGCCCAAUGAAGGUAACCGCGAAUCAACAAGAAAAAAAUUGUAGUACAUUUUGGUGGCAAUGCUGCAGAAAGUUUUUACUCCAGCAAUAUGCAAAUAAAAUUAUGAAGUAAGGCUAGUAAUGCUUGGGCGGAAUGCACUGUGAGAAAUUGUUAAAAGGGUUAAAGGACUUUAAUAAACUAGUACUCUAAAGACUC